AUGGCUAGCAUCAAACCUAUUCGUAUCUGGAUCACCCCUCCGGGUCCUAAUUCCUGGAAGGUGAUUAUGGUCUUGGAAGAACUUAGCGUACCGUAUGAAAUUAAGGCGAUCGAGUUUGCCGAUAUUAAGAGGAAGCCCUUCAUCGAUAUCAAUCCAAAUGGGCGAGUGCCUGCAAUUGGGGGCCCGAAUACAGAUAUAACGCUCUGGGAAUCGGGAGCUAUCAUCCAGUAUAUCGUCGAACAAUAUGACGUCAAUAAGACCUUGACGUAUGAUACUCUGAAGGAGAAGCAUCUUCUCAAUCAAUAUUUGCAAUUCCAAAUGAGCGGGCAGGGACCUUAUUUCGGCGUCGCCGCAUGGUUCAACAUCUUACAUCAAGAAAAGGUGCCAUCGGCAAUUGAGCGAUACAAUGCGCAAUUGAAACGGGUUCUCGGCGUGCUCAAUACGUGUCUCGAAGGUAAGCAAUGGCUCGUCGGCGAUAAGAUGACGUAUGCGGAUCUAUCGUUUAUGCCGUGGAACCAUCGCGUCGAUUCCGUCAUUUUGUGCGCGCCUGAGGAUAAGUUCGUCGGGUAUCCUAAUGUUCAGGCCUGGCAUGAACGGAUGGUCGAGCGGCCCGCGUGGAAGAAGUGUAUGGAGAUUCGGGAUAGCUUGAUGCAGGAACAAGGGCUGGAGAAUGGAACGGGUAGACCCGCGCGCUUUAAGACGUUCCAGGAGUAUGAGGAGGCGAUUGCUAGGGGAGAGGACGUACAUGCUUAG